UCUUUAUCGAACCUAAUCCUUCUUUAUAUAUUGUAAUAUUUGGAUAUAGAAGUAAAUCGCAUGGAUGCUCGAUGGUGACAGAAAGAUGGCUCACUGAGGCACUCAUGUCAGACUGUGGGUCCGCCUUUAAUCUCGACUCAUCGUGACGAUGAAUUAUUGAUGCUUCGUCGCUGGUGGGGCGACUUCAUGUCAUCAACACUCGACGUCUUUAUCAUUCCACAGACCUGAGACGGAUACCUCCACCGCAACGUUGCGGUUAUGCCAAAGAAACGACAAUAUCAGCAUCUCAAGUCCUUCAAACCAACUGUGCCCGUGUCCCCAGCGCUGAGCUCAUCGAGCAGCCGCGGGUCAGACGCGCCAGCCAAGGGCGUCAACGAACUUCUCUCUGGCCUACGUCGCGAAGCAGCUGGACCUUCAUCCGCAGCAUCGCCGCAUUUGCUGGCCAACGGCCCCAGUCUGCACCCUGAUCUUCGCUCGAUCCUCCAGAUCCCCGACACCCCGCCACCAGCACCGAGGAGACCAGUGCGGACUCGCUUCGAUGCCAGUGGGAGAAGACUGCCGGCUGGGCCCCCUCCACCGCGGAGCUGGGUUGCUACCAGGGGUCAAGAUGUAGACCUCAGCCAUCGCAUGCGAGGACUCAAGUUGAAAGAUGCGCCCAGUGAUCACAAUGCGCUACCUGGUGCGUACCUGCCUGGUCGAGGGAGCCUGAUAGACCGCGUUCUGCGAGCCAUUGCGUCCGACUGGGAGUUUCAGCGGGUGUAUCAGCAGUAUCAUCUGUACUUUCUGCCAAAUCACCUCAAACCAGCUUUACUGCGGCACAUUGGCAUCUCGGACGGAGGUGUGACGCUGGCUGAUCUGAAGCUUAUACUGUUGCCGCCCGCAGACCUUUAUGAGCAAGGCGAACUAGAGGAAGAUUCCCAUACCACCAACGAGAUCACCUAUCUCGACCUCUCGAGAUCACUAGGACGCUCAAUCCGAUUGAGAGACGUCACGAACUUGCUGUUUCCCCCAGCCCCCCAAGUCCACGACAACGAUCUCGAAGAUUCCUGGGACGCUGCCGUGGACGCAACACCAAGCCCACCUCGCGCCUUGCUCCCAAAUCUCACACAUCUAUCCCUGGCGCUGUCACCCCACAACACGGAAGGCGGUUCAUGGCGCCAUCUCCUGGACUUUGCCUUCAAGACGUCGCACAUUACGCACCUCAGCCUCGCCUACUGGCCCGAUCCAUGCCUCGCCCCGCGCGCGCAAACGUCCAAGGUCACGACGCCCCAGGGCAACAAGAUCUACUACGGUGGCACCAACUUCUACUCCCACUCCCUGGACCACGACUGGAGCGAGGCGCUUCUCGUGCUGCGCAAGCUCAGCCGGCGCUUCUACGAGUUGGAAUACCUGGAUCUGACGGGGUGCGGGUCGUGGUUCAAGGCGCUGAUGCUGGAGACGGAGCACGAUCACGUCGACUGGGCCGUUCAUUGGGGCAAGGUCACGGUUUUGAGGCUCUACGCUGGGUUUCCCGGUCGAGAGGACAUGGUAGCGGCCGAGCAGGUGGCCUUUGCCGAGGUGAUGGAGACAGCUGCCCUGGUGGAGAGGCACAUUCGGCACAUGCGCGCUGGCAAGGGGCGCUUCAUCAACGUCGAGAGGGACAGGCCGGCGUCCUAAGGUUAGACCACAUAGUAAAUCUCUGUGAAUAAUGAAUGCUGUACAUGAAUGACGGUUGGGUUCGUUGUCCAUGGUCAUUCUUGCUCCUACCUAUGCUGAGGAAAUCCCCAAGAAUGACUCAUUUUGCAUCAUCUCCAACCCUCCACAAA